AUGCGGCAGUCGAGUCCUGGCUUGAUGGGAACUCCAGCUCUAAUGUCGUGGGCAGGAAUCUCUCCAGCAGCAGAGGUUGAAGUACUCACUGCUAACGAAGUGUGGACGAUUGGAGAUUUCUGGACUGGCAAUGUGCUUGUCUCAUCACCAGACGAUCAGAGCGUGCCAAAGUUGACGGUGCUCGAUUUCGAAUUGGCCAAACCGGGCACGGCGGCGUUCGAUGUCGGGCAGAUGGGAGCGGAAAUGCUGUGUCUUGCACAUUUUCGCUACGCCGCGGCCGUGGCAGUCAGGAUCGGAGCUCACUUGUUCACCAUCAUGCCUAGAGCGUGGACGGCAGAGUACGGCGAAGAGAAAGUGGGGCUUGCCCUUCAGCAGGGCCUUGAGCUUUUGAAGAUCGGGUGGAAAAGGGACGAGGCUGCUUUGAGGAAAUCGAUCGACGGUCGUACAAGAACUAUAUUUCAGCACUCAAAAGAUCCGGCGCGCCGCUCCAAGUCGUUGGCAUCAGUCGCCAGAGUCUCCGCGCUCCUGCGAGGAAGGCCAGCUCCGGCUACAUGGAGACCGAUUGGACCUCCAGAUGACGAGUUUGGGGAAUUCGACAUGGUGCAUGGAGAUGACGCCGAGGUAGGAAUGGAUUACACUGCGGUGGGGGACGAUUAG